AUGGUCGCGAUUUUGGCCAAUCCGAAAUGGAGCGAAGAUCUUACCAUUCAAAUGAUUAUCGAGUAUGAAAAACGCGAGUAUCUAUGGAAUCCUGUCGCCGAGCACUAUAAGAAUAAGAAGAUCCGGGAACAGGGCUAUAUUGAAAUAAUAAAGGCGCUGAGUUUAGUCGAUGUGACGGUUAAGGAGCUAAAAAAUAAGAUAAAGAACAUACGUUCAUCUUAUAGCGUAGAAUUGAAGAAGAUUCGCGCGGCGCGGAAGGCUGGAGCGCAUGCGUACAGACCCAGCGUCACGUGGUUUGAGCACGCAGACAGGUUUCUGCGGGCGAUUGUUACACCGAUCUCUAUGGAUAACAGUUUGGUCGAGAUACCGGCAAGUGACGACAGCGACGCAGUUCAAGAUUUAAGUGAACGCAAAUCACCUGAAAAGAAAAGCCCGCGGAAACGUCGCAGCUCCACUCGCUCCUCAACUCCUUACGUCCUAAAUACGCCAUCGCCACGACCAAGUACGCCUUUCGGCCUUAACCAGACCUCAGCCUCACCGUUUGGGAUCUUACCUACCUCCACAUCCACCCCAUUUCUGAAUCCGCCCGUUGGGAUAGCGACUCCGUUAACAACCUCACUCGCAACUAUUUAUCCGUUGCCAACAAAACAAAAGAAGGGCAACUUCGAAGAUCGUGGGGAUCCCGAGGGACCACAAGAUCUAAGCCAACAUUCAGAGAAUGUGAACGAGAACGAAUUCGAAAUGUUUGGCAAAUUGAUAGCGAGUCAAUUGCGAAAACUGCCGCUCAGCUUGGCAUUGGAUACACAAUUGAAGAUACAAACAUUGGUGAACGCCGCUCGAAUACAAGCCGUAUAUCAACAAUACAGCUACGCAGGACCUUCUCAAGAGGCACUGUCGGUUCAAGCGCUGUCGAACGGCAUAUUGGCUAGUAUGGCAUCGCAAAGUACGUUCGCGUCGCGUGCCGUUAUGGGUAUGCGAAACGAUUCCCCAGAGGAUAUGAAUAGGGACUUGAAGACCGAGUAUUCUUUGGGUUCUGAACCCGAGGAUUAA